UAAGAUGGCGGGUUUAGUAGUAAAGCUGCAGAGCCCCGAAUUGGAGGAGGAAGAUGGGGAAAAACACUUGAACGGAGAGGUGGAAGAGGAUGAAGCCGCCAUACCUGGAGAGAACAGCGUGAGCAAGAAGAAGAGAAAAAAGAAGAAGAAGAACAACGCCAAAACAGGGCAAGAUGCUGAAAAAGACUUGGGGGCUACGGCCACAGCCACUGAGGAAAUAACAACACAGCUUGAGAAACAGACUUUGGACAAUAAAGAAAAAGAUGAGGAUGAAGAAGAUGGUGAAGGUGAUGCUGAUGGAGCAGCUGGGAAAAAGAAGAAAAAGAAGAAGAAGAAGAAAGGCUCCAAAUCACAGACCGAUCCACCCUCUAUUCCAAUAUCUGAACUCUAUCCAAGUGGAGUGUUUCCAAAAGGACAGGAGUGCGAGUACCCUGCAACACAAGAUGGACGAUCUGCAGCUUGGAGAACAACAAGUGAAGAGAAAAAAGCUAUGGAUCAAGCUAGUGAGGAAAUCUGGACUGACUUCAGACAGGCAGCUGAAGCUCAUAGACAAGUGAGGAAAUAUGUGAUGAGCUGGAUAAAGCCCGGAAUGACAAUGAUUGAAAUAUGUGAAAAACUUGAGGACUGUUCUCGCAAGCUGAUAAAGGAAAAUGGUCUGUACGCUGGACUUGCAUUCCCCACAGGCUGUUCCCUGAAUAACUGUGCGGCCCACUACACUCCUAAUGCAGGGGAUCCAACAGUGUUGCAAUAUGAUGAUGUCUGCAAAAUUGACUUUGGAACACACAUUAAUGGACGUAUAAUAGACUGUGCUUUUACAGUCACCUUCAAUCCAAAAUAUGACAAGUUGCUAGAAGCUGUCAAAGAUGCCACCAACACUGGAAUAAAGUGUUCAGGUAUAGAUGUGCGUCUCUGUGAUGUUGGUGAGGCAAUUCAAGAGGUUAUGGAGUCAUAUGAGGUUGAAAUUGAUGGCAAAACAUAUCAAGUAAAACCGAUUCGAAACCUAAAUGGCCACUCCAUUGGACCAUACAGAAUUCAUGCUGGCAAAACAGUGCCUAUUGUGAAAGGGGGAGAAGCAACAAGAAUGGAGGAAGGAGAGGUGUAUGCAAUAGAAACAUUUGGUAGCACUGGAAAAGGAGUAGUUCAUGAUGAUAUGGAGUGUUCCCACUAUAUGAAGAACUUUGAUGUGGGGCAUGUGCCAAUAAGACUUCCCAGAGCAAAACACUUGCUGAAUGUCAUUAACGAGAACUUUGGUACUCUGGCGUUCUGCCGCAGAUGGCUGGACCGUCUUGGAGAGAGCAAAUACCUAAUGGCCCUGAAGAACCUGUGUGAUUUGGGUAUAGUAGACCCUUACCCACCUCUUUGUGAUAUGAAAGGGUCAUACACAGCACAGUUUGAGCACACAAUAUUACUGCGCCCCACCUGCAAAGAAGUUGUGAGCAGAGGAGAUGACUAUUAAACCUAAUCCUCAGUGUCUUUCUGAAUGAUUUUGUCACGCAAAAUGCACAAGAUUAAUUGGAAUAUGUCUUUCUAAAAAACAGACAUAUGUGAUAUUUUCCAUAUUUGGAAUGGAAAAAACCAUAAUUAAAGACAUAGCUUUACUAACAAUCUGACUGGGUUCACUUUCAGGCCUCUACAAGACAAGGGGCAAUUUUUGAUCUGUCCUACUUAUUCCUAUUGGUUCAGGAGAACACCUGAUAACAGCUAAAUUGUGUUUUUAAAGGCCCCAAAUUUGAGGCUUUUGAAAUAUUUAUAUUCAGCUAUUGCAACGGGUUUCUUUCUUUAUUUCUGCAAAUAAAAGUAUUCAAUUUUA